GCAAGGAUGGCGCGAUCGUCGUUGACCGUCGCGGCGGCAAUAGCGUUCGGAUGGCUCCACGUCGCGGUGGCGCUGGACCGAUCGUUGUAUGGGAUCGACUACGACACACGCACGUACGAGUGGGGCGGGUGCAAGAGCGAGAACGACAUGCGGCUGGACUUUCAAGUGCUCAAGCCGCUCACGUCAAACAUCCGUGUAUACAGCAUUGACGACGUGUGCAUCGAGCGUUUGUUGAGCGUGGCGUCGGAAAUUGACAUGCGGCUGUGGAUGGGCAUCUGGGGCAACGUGAAUGCGACCGAGGACGAUUUUGAGCCCGAGUUUGUCCGUUUGCAGCAACUCGUGCUGGACGGCCGCGUGCGCAACGACAACGUGGUCGGGAUCCACGUCGCAAGCGAGGCACUGUUUCGAUACUACUCGCGGGACGAACACGACUGGGCGGAGGAGUACUCGGGCGUACAAAAAAUCUUUGGGUACGUCGAGAAGGUCCGCGAAUUCCUCCGUGCCAACGACUUGACGUUUCCCGUUGCGAUCGCGGACGUGAUCGACUCGUACAAGUCCGUGCCUGAGAUAUACAGCAUCGUGGAUGUGGUCACAGUCAACCAGUUUUCGCAAUGGGAAGGUGGGUGGUCCAACGAAGGCGCCAACUUACUCUUCGACCGGAUGCACGACAUCCGCCAGGCCGCGCGGAUGGCCGGCAAGCCCGUCCUGCUCUCUGAGACCGGCUGGAGCGCCAACGGCACAACGCCCGACAUCAAGGAAGCAUCGCCAUCGUCGUCGGGGAGAUAUCUCCACGACUUCAUGCGGCUCAUGGAGCAGCAGGACAUGGCAUAUUAUUACUUUACAUCGUUCAACUUAGCAUGGGGCAGCGACACGGACUCGGGCGAGAUCGAGCGCAACUUUGGUCUGUUUGACGUGGACCGGAACCUGCUGCCCCACGUGAAGAACGUCACGUUGGGUGCGUACCACAAACCCGUGCGCCUGUGGCACGAUGGCCAGGUCAUCAAAGCGGAUGGCCACAACACCAAAACUUUCGGCCGCGUGUACUUGGAGCCGCCGGCACGCGGCCUCAGUGACUCGCUCGACCGUGAAAUCUGGUUCUACGACCGUGCGUUGGGCACAUUCCGCAGCCGGAGCACCAACCAGUGCCUGUCCAUAAUGAAGAGUGAAGACCGCGGGUCGACGCAUGAAUUGAAUGUCACGUGGUGCCAACCUGCCGACGGCGGCGACCCAUCGAUCCUAUCGUCCCAGCGGUGGCACAUCCGACCAAAGGAGGCCGCGAUCGAGUUAUUUCACGCUCCGAGUCCCAACCAAGACCCAGUCGAGGCCGACGAGUCGCUGACGUGCGGCAGCUGCCGGAACUGCCAGUUCGCUGGCAUGUACUUUUCGCUGUGCUACGUGAACUGGUCCCCUGCCGAUUGCAAACGCAUGGGAGGUGACCACCACUGGUGUGGCAACAGCGGCAGCACGUGCCUCCGAACGUCGCUAGACGGCCGAGUCGAAGCCGCCGACUGCGACGCCCAUGACCACUCGUUCCAGUUUCACGUGCGGUCGCUUGAGGCCGAGGAGCUCACUGUGACGUCGCUAGCCUUGGACCUUUCCCUCACGACAUCGGCCAACCGCGCCGUGACGGUGGCCGGUCCCGCGUCGGACAUAGCACCACCAGCGCAAGUUUGGUACUACGACCCGAUGUUUCAGCGCAUUCGAAGCAAGGCCAAGAUGACCGACUGCCUCGACGUCGUCGACAGCGCCGGUCGCGUCGAGACUCACUUUUGCGAUCACAGUCCAAGCCAGUGGUGGUCGUAUAAUGACCUGACGGGGCAGCUCCUUCACAUGGGCCAGCUCGGUCGGUGCUUGGAAGCGCGGGAGGGCAAACCUGUCGUCGUGGGGUACUGCGACUUGAGUGUGCCGACGCAAAAGUGGGCCAUGCACUUGCUCCACACGUCGUCGUCAUCGUAGCUCACACGGCGACUGCCUGCGCCAUUCUCCCUGACGGAGGCAUCGCCGCCCCGCGUCGUCCCACGUGGUCGAUGACAACCACGACGACGACGUGGCUCUUCGAACGUCAACUAGAAUGCUCCCCACUAAUUUAUGCAUCACGGGGUGUCGAAUACUCGCCAUUUGCACAGGACGAAUCGAGAACGCCGUCAUUUCAAAAAGCACACCACCGAUCAAGCGUCCUCGUCAUGCUCGCACACUCG